AUGGGUAUGUAUGUACUACAUAGCGGUGAACUGAUGCAUAAACAUUCACACCAUUUUCGUUGGAUAUUGGCUAGAGGAUUGACUUUGAUUGGUUUAUUUACUGCAAUUAUUGCUUGUAUCAUUCAUGUGAUCAUUGCCUAUUUUCAUGUAGAUCAUAAUUGGUCAACUAUAUUAACUGAAGCUAUGUUCGUUUUAAUGUCUGUCACUUGUAUAUUGAUCGGUUUAUGUUUAGCUGAAAUGGAAAUUGAACAUAUACAUGAUCAUGGUGAUCUGGCGCUGACUAAUGUACUUGUUUCAAAUGGUCUAUUACAAAGAAUCGAUAAUAAAUAUCCUAAUCGAUCUGGCUUGUAUAGUAGUAACAAUAAUAAUAAUAAUAAUAACUAUCAAUCUAUGUUGGCUGACACUGGUGGAGGUGGAGGUAUCAGUGACACCACUGUUGUCAAUAGUAACAAUAACAAUGAUCAUGGUAGUAGUCGGAGUAGCGGUACAGACACUGCGGAUCGUUUCGAUUUAUCUAGUGAUUUCGCCGUGUUACUUACCCCACCAUUGUCUAGUUUCUAUUUAUUGAUUUCCGCGGAUUUUAUUAAUUUGAUUAGUUUCCUAUUGGUAUUCAAUUAUUUUAUACGUCAAUGUGAAAAAGCUCGUAUGGACAAACGACACAUGAAAUCCGCUGAAACUACGACAACACCGACCACAAGAAGUCAUGCUUAA